UUUAAACUAAACUGGGAAGAAGAUACUCGGGCAGAAGAAGUUAAACUUUCUUUUAUUUUUCUUCCAUUUGAAUGUGUGAGCAGUUAAGCCUAAUGCCGAAGUGUUUGGUAGUUACUCUCAAACAGAACUCUGCUUCGAAUGGCGGUUUGGAGAAUCCAGAUUUCAGUUGAAACCGAAACGAAUUAAAAACGGUUGGGGUUUUAACGGAGUUUGGUGGGUAUUUUUUUUCUUCCUGGGAUGGAGGUGGACAUCCUGGAGUUCAAGGUUCCUACGGACAACAACAAAACCGUGUUCGUUUGGGACAUCCCUCCGGUUCUGACCCAGGAUCAGGUUUAUGAGCAGCUCCAUCAUGUCUUCUCCUCUUUUGGACCGCUCUACCUGUUGAAGCUGUGUGCCAACGCUCCGCUCCACCCACCUGGUUUCUACGCCAUCAUCAAGUUCUACUCUGCUGCUCAUGCUGCCAACGCCCAGAGACUCACAGAUGGACGCCCUCUGCUUCACAACUCCACCCUCAAGGUGAAGCUGAGUUCCAAGCAGACUCCCCACUUCCUGUCUGGCAGGAACUCUCCUCUGAGCCACGCCCGCUGCCUGGAACUGGCCAAUCACUACCUGGGCUUCAAUGGCUGGACCUCUGACAUCAUCACACUGAAGGAGCUCACCAAUGAAAAAGAAGGUGAGGAUGAAGAAGAGGAUGUGGGUGGAGCCAGACAGAGGAUAAGGUUCGGCUGUAUGAUGAAGCUUAGCUUCCCUCGUUACGGCGUGACGACCAGAGGAGCCGCAGUGGUGGAGGAGACCUUCAACUGUACAGGUCCAGACGUCCUCCUGCAGAGACGCUGCAAGCUGCAGCGGUCGGUCAGAGAGAAGGCCCUGGUCCAGGCCUUCUCCUCCGUGCUGCUCAUACUUCUAGGAAAUGGUAAGGUGAUGGUGGAGCUGAAGCAGACCUCAGAUCAGUUUGAAGCUGAUGAGACUGAAGACGUCCUGGAGGUGAAUGAGUUUUCCCUGUCAGAGGCUGAUGAUGAGGAGGCUGAUGAUGAAGACUGGGAUCUGACCGUGUCUUAGACUCUCUCAGGAUUACAGUUUGGACUGAUCUGAGGUCAGCUGCAGGCUAACCAGCCUCCUGCCUUCCUGAUUGGCUGGUCCUGCUCAGGUGUGUCAGACAGAAAACAGACUCUGAGAUGCUGAAUGUUUUUAUUUCUGAACAAAGCUGUGGUUCUGCACAGGAAGGUUCUGGUCUGAGCCGUUUAUCUCCCAGGACCUCUCCACCAAUCUGCCAAUCUCUGCCUCCCAGCAGGAGUAGAGCUCAGGUUUCCUCCCACCACUACGUAGCCCUGCAUGCAGGAAGCAACAGGCAGGAAGUGGUUAGAACGGUGAUAGAUACAUGGAAUCUGGUUAACCAUUAAUAACAGGCAGGAACUAGUGGAGAGAUGAGUAAAGGUUGGACAUUUUCAGAAACAUUUAUAGUUUCAGAUCAGUGUGCAACAUGUGGUUGCAUACUGAUCUCAAACUAUCGGAUUCAGAUCACUGUUUUUAAUUUUAGGGAAACUGAAAAUUUUUAAUUUUUUGUUGUUAAAAUAAAGGUUUCAGAAAUGACAAACCUUGUUUUAUUGAAUCAGUAAUCAGUUCACCAUGAUAUAAUCCAGGACUGACCAACUAAUUUAAAGGAGUUUUUUAUGUGGAAGAUGGUCUGUAGAGUUUAAAAUACUUUGUUUAUGAGAGAAUAGUACACUGUAAAAACUAACCCAAAGUAAUUUUGGGUUAGUUUCUAAUGCAAAUAUCUUACAACACUUGGGAUAACACUAAAGCCAGCAGUGAGACAGUUUUAGGUAAAAUAUUGUUGAACAAAACAAAUUUACAGGAAAAGUUCAUAAUUCACACAGAAACACAAAAACAGAAUCCUAAAUAACCAAUUUAGAGUUUAUCAAUAAAAAAUGACUUAAAGCUACACUGCAAAAACAUAAAUUCUUACCAAGUAGCUUGAUC